ACUCUUGCGCAUGCGCUUAACGCAGGUGGCAUUUUUUGUGGGUCGUCAAAGACAAGACAGAGGGAAAAUGGCGCAGAACAACGACUUAGCAGAAGCUAUUAGAAAGGCCAGAGAGAUGGCGGCCAAAAUGACGCCGGGCAUCGUGGCCGCGGCAGCCGCUCAGCAACAAGCCAACGGCAAUGGAGAUAUGAACUCCAGGAAAAGGCCACAUGAUGAAGAUGACGGUCCACAAGUUAAGAAACUGUCGAUGGAAGACCCCCAGGCUGUUGCGCAAGCAGCCAUUGCUAAAGUCGGAGCACAACUGGGCCUGCCGCAUAUGAUGACUGUUGAGAUCAAGAUUCCCAAUCGGAUGGUUGGCCUGGUCAUUGGCAGAGGAGGUGAGAUGAUCACAAGGCUACAGGCAGAGUCUGGGGCCAGGAUUCAAGUAGCUCCAGAUGGUUCGGAAGUGAGUGGAGAGAGACAGGUUACAAUCUGCGGUACUCAGGACACCAUCGACAAGGCGAAGGCCCUGAUUGGGAAAGUGGUGGAAGAUGCUGGCGGUCAAUUGACCAACAUUCCCCUUGGAUCUGCACUGGGUGGUAUGAGUGGUGGUAUGAGUGGUGGUAUGAGUGGUGGUGGGAUGUCAAUGUCAGGGAUGGCAGGGAUGGCAGGGAUGAUGGGUGGAGAGGAAGUAGCAGAACUUAUGAUCCCAGCAAACAAAGUUGGACUUAUCAUAGGAAAAGGGGGAGAAAUGAUCAAAGCUCUUCAGGAGAAGGCAGGUUGCAAAAUGCAGAUGAUUCAAGAUGGACCGUACUCCAACGCACCCGAGAAGCCCCUCAGAAUGAGCGGAGCCCCGGAGAACUGUAAGAAAGCGAGAGAGCUGGUGUUGCAGCUAAUGGAACAGAAAGAGUUGGAGUUUGGCUCACAGGCGAGAGGACUACUUGGCAGUGAGACUACUAUGGCCGGCUCUGCUGGAGUCCCACACACAAUAGAGAUUCAGGUUCUGAAGCAGAUGGUAGGCUAUGUGAUAGGACGUGGAGGAGAACACAUCAACAACAUUCAGAGUAACUGUGGAGUCAGACUCCAGUUCCAGAACGAUGUUCCUGGUACUGACUAUCGUAUAGCUACCAUCUCUGGGACUCCCGAGGGCUGUCAGCGAGCCAGGAAAUGGGUGGACGACCUUGUGGCAGAGGUAAGAGAAGUUCCCAUCUCCCAGACACCUGUAUGCGGUGUACAUUUUGUGGAUUGGUAUUUCUGUUGAAAGCAGCGCCAGAACCAGGGUUUCCGCCCGCGACUGGAGCUGCCCAACCCGACUGGGCCCGGGGUCCAGACCAUUCAGUUUGGAGUGCCCAGCAACAAGUGUGGACUUAUCAUUGGGAAAGGUGAGCUGACGUUUACCCAGAAUUGAUGGAAUAGUGACAAAACGUUAACAAAACCCGUAUACUAGUGGGGGGUUUAGUACUACCAGGACACAUUGUAUACAAAAGUGAAUGGGGAAAAGCAAUAUUGGUGUUGGUGGUGAAAAACUAUGGCUAUAUCAUCUGCUGGCCAAAUUUAGCACACCUCACAGCUAUAGGCAGGACAGAGCUAAUGAGCUGGUUAAUUUGUGGUUGGCAUAUUACUUUUUUCCACCAUGAAUAAUGCAUGAUGUCAUAGCACAAGACUUUGGUUCAAAACACUUAGGGAACAAUGACCCAUCACCAACAGACAAUGGCACUGUCAUACUAGUGUUUAUCUUUUCUAUGAGCGCUAACAGCUAAAAAGUGUUUUGUACUAGAAUUUGUACAAAGAUACCCUGUAUGUGCGUUUUUGUGUUGUAAUGGCCUAAUGUGACGUCAGUAAAACCCUUUUUUGGAGGAAGACGUCGUUUUCUGUGGGUGAAGUGUUAGGGUGUCUUAUGUACAUAGAAAGGAAGUCCUUUUCAAAGCACACACACAUUGCGACGUACCCAAGUUAGAAAAUCCCUUGCCGUGUGUGCCUACGUGUAAAGGUGGAGAUACGAUCAGACAGAUCCAGGUCCAAUCAGGUGCCCACGUGGAGCUGCACCGAGGAACCCAGCCCAACCCGGACGAGAAACUGUUCAACGUUCGCGGGAACGCCCAGCAGAUCCAGCUGGCCCAACAGCUCAUUCGACAGAAGUACGAGAAUGUUCCUGGUAGUGGAGCCCCUCAGUAUGGACCCGGUCCCUACCAGGGAGCCCAGGUGUUUGGAGCCCCACAGGGAGCCAUGUACGGAGGACCUGGAGGCGCCCCCGCGGGAGCUCCCUGGGGCGGCCAGUACCCCUACCAGCAGGCUGCUGUCGCUGCCGCUGCCCAGGGCCAGCAGCAGACAGACCCCAACCACCAGGCUGCCUGGGCAUCCUACUACCAGCAGCUGUACGCGGCCCAGGCUGCUCAGGCACAGGCUGCACAGGCACAGCAAGGAGCCCAGCCUCCAGCAGGAAGCCAGCAGCAGCAGCAGCAGCAGCAACAGCAACAGAUGGCGGGGGCAGGAGCCACACCUUCCCAGGAGCAGGUCCAGGCCCAGUGGGCAGAGUACUACCGACAGAUGGGCUAUUACUACCAGCAGACCGGCCAGCCAGGCCAGCAGCAGCCGGGCCAGCAACCUCCCCCUGCCGCUCCCGACAACAAGUGAUUGGUUGCCCUCUGCUCGUAUUGAUUUGAAAAUCUCUGCACUCUAUUGCAUCUAUGCCAUUGCUGUUGCUGCCCUGUCUGCAUCCAAAAUGAACCUGUAUUAUUGCACUCCACAUAUCACCCCCCUACACACACCGUUAUUUGACUGUAUGCCACUAUUCAGUUACUUCACUAUCUAGCAUUAUGUUGUAUAUUGUAUGUACAUAUCAUCCGUGCACAAAGGAGGACAGUAAGAGAGGAAGGGAAUAUUAUUAUAUCAUUGUGUAUUAUUUCGUAUGGUGUUUUAGGGUUGACUUGUGUGUAUUAGGGUUUGAGUAAUUUCUCUCUGGUGUCUGUCCCUAUGAUAGCUGC